AUGGUAUCAACGUUUACCGACCUGCCAGCCAAGACCCCGCUGGCAGGAUUUGUACACCCAACGUCCAAUGAAGUAGACGUUUACGUCGCGGACUGGCUUGUCGAUGUCUGUCAGAAACAUGUGACGGGCCUCCAAGUGGCGCUUGAAGAAAUACAUCGCAACGUCGCGGUGCGAAGCGAUAAGUUGCGCCAGAAAGCGCGUGGACGCCGCGACCGAAAAUCCCAAGUCAAGUUUGCCGGUUUUUCGGUUGGCGAUUUUGUACUCGUGGGGUUGGUCGUCAACCGUCCAACAAAAUUGGCCCUGUAUUGGCGCGGACCCUGCCAAGCGACCAGAGUCAUCACAGAUCAUGUGAUGGAGACUCAACUGCUGGUGUCACCGUACGAAGUCACGGCCCAUCCUGCGUGCCGAUUGAAGAUGUACUACGAAGGUGAUCGGGAGGUGACCGAAGUUCUCGAGGCGCAGAUCGCGUUUGGCGAUGGCAGAUUUCAUGUGGAGCGGCUGGACAAAGCGCCCUACGUAUUUCGCAAGUGGGCGGAGGCCAACAAGGAAGACCCGGCCGUGGCUGCCCUCAUCAAGACAUUGGACUUUCCGUAG